AUGCAUGAGGAAUAUGGCCCUAUUAUCAGGGUAAACCCUCAUGAGAUACAUAUCCAAGAUCCCAGUUUUUACCAGCAGAUCUACACAAGCGGCACUCGUAAAAUCGACAAGGAUCCGUCUACUGUCAGUGGUUUCUCCGUCCCAGGCUCUGUUGCGGCGACGGUUGAACAUUUCCACCACCGCAGACGACGGGGCUACAUCAAUCCCUACUUCUCGAAAAAAGCCAUUGUGGCUCUUGAACCCGACAUUCAUGAGCGUAUCACCGCUUUGUCUAACCGAUUCCGUCAAGCUAUGGCCAACGGGAACCACAUCUCUUGUGACAAGUCUAUCUCCGCCAUGACUGCUGAUAUCAUUCUCAAGCGAUUUUAUGGUCAACACUACGAUUAUGUCAACCAGCCUAAUUUCGAAUUUCCUAUUCGCGACGGAUUUUCUGGUGUUUCCUUGAUCUUCCAUCUGGCCCGUUUCGCUCCCCGCCUCAUUCCAGUACUGAGGAAGCUGCCCAUUCCAGUUAUUAACUGCGUCCUGCCCAAGGUCGCAAACUUUUUGAUCCUCGAGAAGGAUAUCAAAGACAAGAUGGUCGCUAAUCUUGCAACUGAAAAGCAGAGAAACUCUGGGAAAAAGUCUAUCAUUCUUGAAUCUUUGGCCGACGAGCGGAUUCCGGAGGAAGAGCGAACUAUGAAGCGCUUAGUUGACGAAGGUCUUGUCAUUACUAUCGCCGGCACUGAGACCUCAGCGAGAGCUUUGUCAGUUGGAAUCUUUUAUCUUCUUAGUAAUAAGUCUCUUAUCACCAGACUACGUGAGGAGAUUGCUGCGGCUGUCCCACGAGACCAGCUUCCAGAGACGUGGACCCUACAACAACUGGAGCACCUGCCUUUCCUUACUGGUUGCGUUAAGGAGGCCCUUCGACUUUCCUUCGGGCCUAUCAUUCGCCUCCCCCGUAUUUCUAGGGAAGAGACUCUGCAGUACAAAGAAUACACCAUUCCUCCUGGAUACCCGGUGAGUCAGUCAACUUGGAUUGUUCACACAGACGCCUCAGUGUUCGUUGACCCUCUCAAAUACGAUCCUGAGAGAUGGAUCCGGGCUGCAGAGCAAGGAUUCCAGCUGGACAAUUUUAUGGUCACCUUCACUAAGGGCAGACGCCAAUGUCUUGGUAUCAACAUGGCGUAUGCCGAGAUUUAUCUCACUAUGGCCCGACUGAUGUACACCUUUGAUAUGGAGCUGUGGAACACCACCCUUCACGAUUUACAGAUCCACCAUGUGCGUAUCAUUGGUAGUCCCAAGUAUGACAAGGAAAGGGGCCCCACGCAAGGUGAAAUCAAGGUCAAGAUUCUUAACGAGAAAAAAAAUGGCUUUAUAGGGGAUAGGAUAAUGACCAUAUAUCUUAUUGACGAAGGCUCAAUAUUGAUUGCGCCUGUUCAAAUACUACUUCGUUCUGACAUGUCUCAAAUUACUUCGAGUUGA